CUUAGUGAAUAGUAAGGCAAGCGGACGUCACGCCGGACGUCUACUCCUCGUAACAUAUUGACACGAUCGCGACCGGGAAAAAUACCGAUCUUAAAAAAGUCUCAUUAUAAAUUAAAUUAAGCUUAAAUUUUUCCGUAACUGAAAAACGAUAACACAAUAGGUCCCUUGCUUAAUUUUAAAACAGGUGUCCUAAAUGUGUUGAAUAUAUUAACCUAAAUGCAAUAAUACAGAAUUGUUCCACGGUAAUAUUUACUAUUGGUCGGUAUCGUGUUAUCAGCUACUGUCGGCUAGUAAGCCGCAGGAGCAGUUUUAUCAGUCCAUGGUAGUUCGAUGGUGUUCAUCGCCGCACGUGGUGUUUCCCGCCGCAGCUCACACCGCAGUGUGAUGCAAUGUUUGUAUGACGGUGCUUCAGAAUUUCGGCUGUGCUACAUCUUGCUGUUUGACAAUGUGUAAAAGUGUUUAAUUUUAUUAGUGUUCGUCAUUGAAGUCGCCAGUUUCCACAAAGAAUUUGUUAUUUAUAAACGUUGAUCAUGGCGAAAGUGAGUGAUAUUGAUGUUCUGCCGCCAAAACCGAUGGAAAUGUAUUCAGAGAGUACUGAAUCUGGUGAUAAAGAGUCCAGUGAAGGAGUUCGAUUAAAGAAAGAGUUGGGUCUGAUGAAUGGAGUGGCUAUCAUAGUUGGUGUGAUAGUUGGUUCAGGAAUCUUCGUGUCUCCAAGCUUAGCACUAAAAUAUGCCGGUUCCAAGGGCAUGGCACUAAUCGUGUGGGUACUCUCCGGCUUCCUGUCGAUGAUCGGAGCUCUCUGCUAUGCAGAGUUAGGUACAAUGAUUCCAAAAUCAGGGGGUGACUACGCUUACAUAGGAGAAGCAUUUGGACCCCUACCAGCAUUCCUGUACCUGUGGGUGGCACUGUUCAUCCUGGUGCCCACAGGCAACGCGAUCACAGCGCUGACCUUCGCGGAAAACAUAUUGAAACCUCUUUGGCCAGCCUGCUCGCCGCCUGCCAGUGCUGUGAGCCUCAUAGCUGCUUCAAUUACCUGUUUCCUAACAGUUAUAAACUGCUACAACGUUAAGUGGGUGACGCGAGUUCAGGAUUCGUUCACGGCGGCGAAAAUUCUCGCGUUGCUGGUGACAUUCUUCGCCAGCUUGUGGUACUUAUUCUCCGGGCACACGGAGAACUUGGAGAACAUGAUGCAGGGCACGAUCACGGAGCCCGGCCAGCUGGCCAUCGCAUUCUAUACGGGACUAUUCUCUUACUCCGGAUGGAACUACUUAAACUUCGUCACCGAAGAAUUGAAAGAGCCAUAUAAAAACUUGCCUCGCGCCAUCUGCAUCUCCAUGCCAGUGGUAACCCUUGUCUACGCUCUCACCAACGUGGCGUACUUUGCUGUACUCACCAACGAUGAGAUCUACUCCUCCCAAGCGGUCGCCGUCACCUUCAGCGUCAAGAUCCUCGGCAUGAUGUCCUGGGUCAUGCCACUGUUCGUUGCUUUAUGCACCUUUGGCUCCCUGAACGGAGCUAUCUAUGCCUCGUCAAGGCUGUUCUUCGUUGGAGCUAGGAAUGGACACUUACCACUUGCGAUAUCACUGAUUGAUAUCAGGAGGUUGACUCCAGUGCCUUCGUUGUUGUUCCUUUGCAUAGCGACGUUGAUGCUGCUGCUAUCUAACAACGUGGAGUCCCUCAUAGUGUACGUGACUGCCGUGGAAGCGCUCUUCACCCUGGCGUCUGUCGCCGGCUUAUUGUGGAUGCGGUUCACCCGACCGCACCUCCAGCGUCCCAUCCGCGUUAACAUCAUCCUCCCGAUAUCCUUCCUCAUCAUUUGCACCUUUGUGGUAAUCUGCUCCUGCUUCACACAUCCCAUGGAGGUCGGCAUUGGCGUAGCCUUCAUCGCCAUCGGUGUCCCCGUAUACUUCAUCUUCAUUGUCUGGCAAAACAAACCACAAUGGAUGAUCUCAGUAUGCAACGCCUUCAACCUAGCCUGCUCCAAAAUAUUCCUCUGUCUCCCCGAAGAUUCCAAGGAUUUAUGAUCUUUAUUAUUAUCUGAUAAUAUAUUGUGAUCUGAUUAAUUAUUUUUGCUAUUUUAAUUUUACUGUUUUAUGCCAAUUUGCAUGGCAUAUGGGCUGGCAUAAUAUUAAGUACAGAUCUGUUAUAACUUAGAUAAGUUGAUGAUUCCUAUGCAGUUAUAGGUUAAGUAAUCUAUAUGUGAAUAGAUGUUAAGUAUAUGACAAUUUGAUAAUACAAAGCAAUCAUUGUU